CGUGCAGGGAUCCUGCAGUGGCAGUGUCAAUAAAGUAAAUGACUGUAACAUUGUAUAGGUAGAGCUAAAACAUGACUAAGAGUAAAUACGAGCUUAUCUGUGUUUCACUGAUUCAUUUGAGCAGCCAUAAAAAAGAAUAAUUAAACCACAACAUCAGUAAAUUCAUAGUACUGUAGAACAGGCCAGAUUCAGAUGAUCCGAGUACAUUCCCAUCCUUAACAGAAAAUGUGCAUCCACCCAUUAUGUCCUAACAAACCAGCCACUGUUUCUCAGACAUACCAAGAAACAUGUCACAUUUACUUCCUCAGCCCAUCCCCAACUCUGUUUGUUCACUCAGCCAUUGGCUUCUCAUUACACCUCCCACAUCUACGAAUCACAGUACUUAGUUUCCGCUACCAGCUGAGAAAAGGUUCUUCUUUAAGUUGCUCUUAACCUUCCGGUGGGGACUUUUCCUGACAAACGCAACGCGUGUGAGUUUGAAUUUGCAGAACAGGGCUUGUGCUGCAGGUUUCUCAACAUGUGCACUGGCAAGUGUUCCCUGUGCAUCGCUACGUCUCUGUACCCGCUGGCCUUCAUAUCCAUCAUCUGCAACAUCGUGCUGUUCUUUCCCGGUGGGGAGGUCAAGUAUGCACAAGAUGGACACAUUACUGAGGAAGUGAAGUACAUGGGGGGACUGGUUGGAGGGGGUUUGAUGGUACUGGUCCCAGCACUUUACAUCCACUUGACUGGAAAACAGGGAUGCUGUGGAAACCGCUGUGGGAUGUUCUUUUCUAUUGCAUUUGCUGCAGUGGGUGUGGCUGGUGCCCUGUACAGUUUUAUUGUGGCGGUGCUCGGCCUGCAGAAUGGGCCUCUGUGCCAGACCUUGCUAUUCUGGAUGACGCCUUUUAAAGACAGCGACCCCAGUUACCUCACUGACCAGUCCAAGUGGGGACUAUGCACAACGCCCAAGAACAUCGUGCAGUUCAACGUGGGACUCUUCGGCACUCUGGUAGCUGUUAGUGGACUGGAGCUGAUCCUCUGCGCCAUCCAGAUGAUCAACGGCCUCUUUGGCUGCCUGUGUGGAACCUGCAACAACAAAGGGCCUCUGUGAGUCGCUAGCGGCUGACUGGCGCCCCCUGCUGGAGCAUCGAGGAAGCCUCGCUGGCUGCUUCUGUCUCCGUUUUCCUUUACAACCAGUUUGUAUUUUUAUGUGUAUAUCAUGAUGCUUUGCACUAUAUUGAAUUAACCAGCAUGAAAUUUAUAAAUGUGC